AUGAAAAGGGUCCCUUCAUUUUCAACACUUCUUUCUAGUUUCUACUAGUGUACGUACUAGACUCUACUAUCCCUCCGAUCCACCUAAACCACCAUCGACCACCACCAACCACCAUGUCGGUCAAACAGUGCCACCACCACGGUGGAAAGAAACGUAAAAUAAUCAAGCGAAUACUCAUCGGAUUAGGCAUCCUUGCUAUCAUCGUCCUCCUCAUCUUCUUCAUAACAUGGGCAAUUCUUCAGCCCAAAAAACCCCGAUUUGUCCUCCAAGACGCCACCAUCUACGGCUUCAACGUCUCCGCCCCCAUCCUCCUCUCCUCCAACUUUCAGGUCACCGUCUCCUCCCGGAAUCCCAACAGUAAAAUCGGCGUUUACUACGAUAAACUAGAAGUCUUCGCCACCUACCACAGCCAGCAAAUCACCUACUUCACCGUCAUCCAGCCGGUUUACCAAGGCCACAAAGACACCAACAUCUGGUCACCCUUUGUUUACGGAACCAACGUUCCGGUGGCUCCGUACAACGGCGCCGCCUUGUCUCAAGAUCAGUCCAACGGCGCUAUUGGGCUCGUGAUCAAGAUAAACGGACGGAUAAGAUGGAAAGUUGGAAGCUUUAUCUCCGGCAGGUACCAUAUCCACGUCACGUGUCCGGCGUAUAUUCCGUUCGGGAAUAGGAACUCUGGGAUCGCCGGAGUUGUCACCGGAGUUAAGUACCAGCUAGCUCAGAAAUGCAGCGUUAGUGUCUGAAGAGAAGAAGAAGAAGAAGAUAACCGAUCACGUUAAAUCCCCGUCAGUCAAUAACGGUGCCGUUUUGUUUUCUUUUUCUUUUUCUUUUUUAUUUAUUUUCGAUUUAUGAUGAAAGCAUACGUAUACGUGGAUGAAUUUGUAACUUUUGCUUGAGAAGAACGAAGAAAGCAAAAGAAGGCCCAUAAAAUUAUAGCAAAAUUACAAAAUUGGACGUGUUGUAUGAUGAAUUAAGAAUUAUAAAUAAAUAAUAUAUUAAAAUUA